UCAGGAUAAUGGCGUCCCGUCUCCCGUACACAGGAAAAGGAUUUUUAUAGCUUUGACCUCUUUCCCGUUUCCGGUUGGCUCCCGCCCCAUGUAGCCAUCUUCUAUUUUCUGGACAUAAAGGCUGAUAGUGAAAAAGCGUCUGUGCAAACACCAGACUUGAUCAUACAUAUCUCAACGGAAGGCACCGACCGAACAGAUGUAACGGUUCAAUAUGACAGACGGUGGACUAGGCGACGAGGAUCUGCAGCCGCACCCCACAUUCAAACUGGAAACAGCUAGCUAGUGGGCUAACGUUACAGUUAGCUCACUAACAAGGAGCUGCCAUCAAGGAAUAACGUUAGCUUUCCCUGGCUGCUCGUAUCCCCUUACUGUCUAUGGUUGUUCUAUUAGCUAGAUAGCCAAGCUAGAGGCAGUAUUGGAGCAAUUGGUUUGCAGGCGCUUCAAUAAAGGUGUCUGAGCGGUGCAGUGGACGACAUCAGGGGAAAAUGGGAAACGGAGCUAACGUUAGCUUUCUGAUCUGAGGCGGUGGUUAACUUGUAACACGGCGCUGCAGAGCUACGGAUCCUCCCAAUCCCUGGGAACACUUAAUUCGUAGCUGGCUGAAAGGAUCACCGUAAGCGCUGGAGCGGGCCAUGCCUGCAGGGAACCUGAAGGAUCGGGAUGUGGCGGAUCUCUUCUACAGAGACGACCCCGAGAAGCUCUUCGCCGACCUGCGCGAGAUCGGCCAUGGCAGCUUUGGAGCCGUCUACUUCGCAAGAGAUGUGCGCUCUAAUGAAGUGGUGGCCAUCAAAAAGAUGUCCUACGGUGGCAAGCAAUCCAACGAGAAAUGGCAGGACAUCAUAAAGGAAGUCAAGUUUCUCCAGAAGCUGCGUCAUCCGAACAUCAUCGAGUACAGAGGAUGCUACCUCAGAGAGCACACAGCCUGGCUGGUAAUGGAGUACUGCCUGGGAUCAGCAUCCGACCUCCUGGAAGUGCACAAGAAGCCGUUACAGGAAGUGGAAAUAGCUGCUAUUACCCAUGGUGCACUGCUCGGCCUGGCAUACCUCCACUCACACAACAUGAUCCACAGGGAUGUGAAGGCAGGUAAUAUCCUGCUAACUGAACCGGGUCAGGUGAAGCUGGGUGACUUUGGCUCCGCCUCCAUUCUCUCUCCUGCCAACUCCUUCGUGGGAACCCCAUACUGGAUGGCUCCGGAGGUGAUCCUGGCGAUGGACGAGGGGCAGUAUGAGGGGAAGGUGGACGUCUGGUCCAUCGGCAUCACCUGCAUCGAGCUCGCGGAGCGGAAGCCUCCUCUGUUCAAUAUGAAUGCUAUGAGUGCCUUAUAUCACAUCGCCCAGAAUGAGAGCCCAAUCCUACAGUCCAACCACUGGUCUGAUUAUUUCCGUAACUUUGUGGACUCGUGUCUGCAGAAGAUUCCUCAGGACCGCCCCACCUCCGACGUGCUGCUCAAUGAGGCGGAGCCCUACCUGAGGACAGGUACGGUGAGCAGUCUGGGCAGCAGCCAAUCAGUGCCCAGCAUGUCCAUCAGCGCCAGCUCCCAGAGUUCCUCAGUCACCAGCCUGGCCGACCAAUCAGACGACAGCGCUGAGAUGGCCAUGAUGCAGGAGGGGGAACACACCGUCACCUCCAACAGCUCCAUCAUACACCGGCCUAUGGUUCAUGAUAACAUCUAUGAUGACCCGUACCAGCCAGAGGUGGAGCAACAACAAGCCCCCCCCACCGGAGCCCGCAGGAGAGGUUACUAUAGAAACAGAGAUCACUUCGCCACCAUACGCACGGCCUCAGUGGUGACGCGGCAGAUGCAGGAGCACGAGCAGGGCUCGGCGCUACGGGAACAGAUGACGGUGUAUCGGCGCAUGCGGCGGCAGCACCAGAAGCAGCUGGUUGCCAUGGAGAACAAGCUGAAGGCCGAGAUGGACGAGCACCAGCUGCGGCUGGACAAGGAGCUGGAGAACCAGCGCAACAGCUUCAGCACCGAGACAGACAAGCUCAACAAGAAGCACCAGGCCAUCCUGGAGAAGGAGGCGAAGGUGGCGCAGGCGGAGGAGAGGAAGUUCCAGCAGCACAUCCUGUCCCAGCAGAAGAAGGAGCUCAGCAGCUUGCUGGACACACAGAAGCGCCAGUACAGGAGCCGCAAGGAGCAGCUCAAAGAGGAGCUGAGUGAGAACCAGUCCACCCCUAAGCGGGAGAAGCAGGAGUGGCUGAUGCGGCAGAAGGAGAAUCUGCAGCAGAUCCAGGCGGAGGAGGAGGCGGGGUUGCUACGGCGACAGCGGCAGUACUACGAGCUGCAGUGCCGACAGUACAAGAGGAAGAUGCUGCUCGCGCGUCACAACCUGGAGCAGGACCUGCUGAGAGAGGACCUGAAUAAGCGGCAGACGCAGCGGGACCUGGAGUGUGCGAUGCUGCGGCGGCAUCACGAGGGGACGCAGGAGCUGGAGUUCCACCAGUUGGGGGCGCUGCAGGGCACGCGGUCAGAGCUCAUCCGCACGCAGCACCAGAGCGAGCUGACCAAUCAGAUGGACUACAACCUGCGCCGCCAGAACGAGCUGCGCCACAAACACACCGCACAGGCACGCCAGCAGCCCAAGAGCCUCAAGGCUAAGGAGCUGCAGAUCAAGCGGCAGUUCCAGGAGACGUGUAAGAUCCAGACGCGGCAGUACAAGGCUCUGCGGAACCACCUGCUGGAGGCCACUCCCAAGAGCGAGCACAAGGGGGUGCUGAAGCGCCUCAAGGACGAGCAGACACGCAAGCUGGCCAUCCUGGCUGAGCAGUACGACCACUCCGUCAACGACCUGCUGUCCACCCAGGCUCUGCGGCUAGACGAGACGCAGGAGGCGGAGUACCAGGUGCUGCGCAUGCAGCUGCAACAGGAGCUGGAGCUGCUCAACGCCUACCAGAGCAAGAUCAAGAUCCACACCGACACACAGCACGAGAGAGAGCUCAAGGACCUCGAGCAGAGGGUCUCCAUACGCAGGGCCCUCCUGGAGCAGAGGAUCGAGGAGGAGAUGUUGUCGCUGGAUACGGAGCGUUCGGAGCGGAUCCGGUCGCUGCUGGAGCGGCAGGCGCGGGAGGUGGAGGCGUUCGACUCGGACAGCAUGCGCUUGGGCUUCAGCAACAUGGCGCUGUCGGGCAUCCCGGCGCAGGCCUUCAGCCAGGGCUACCCCGCGCCCGCGCCGGCAUCGGGCCAGAACUGGCCCUCGCGCCCCGUGCCCCGCUCAGGCAGCCACUGGACCCACAGCGUGCACAGCUCAGUGGCGCCGCCCUCCUGGAGGAGCCAGCACAGCAGCGCUACCUUCACUCGCGCAGAGUCCUCCCACCACCCUUCACACUCCUCCCACUCCUCACACUCCUCACACCCGUCACACUCCUCACACUCUUCACACUCGUCCCACUCCUCACACCCUUCACACCCCUCCCACCACCCCUCCCACUCUUCCCACUCCUCACACUCUUCACACCCCUCCCACUCCGGCCGGGAGCGAGAGAGGGAUAGAGAACGAGAGAGGGAGAGAGAGAGAGAGGCGGAGAUGAUGAGUGGCAGGGGCGUGGCCUCCUCUGGCUCCUCCUCUUCCUCCUCCUCUGGCUCCUCCCACCUCUACCUGCCGCAGCUGCACCACCAGAGCACGCCUCACCUGUACCGCGAUCACCACGGCAACCACGCGCCCCUGCCGCACCACCUGCCGUCCCACGCCUCCGCCCAGUCCUUGGCCCCGCCCCUCCGCGCCUCGUCGCCGCCCUCCUCCUACAUCAGAGGCCCCGCCCACCUGGCGCUGCGGAACAGCCCCCAGCCUCUGCGCAGGACCGCCUCCGGGGGGGGCCCAGGGGUGGGGGGGGCAGGAGAGGGCGCUCUCAGCCGCAGCACGUCCGUCACCUCCCACAUCUCCAACGUCUCGCACCUGUCCUACUCUUAGGCCACGCCCCCACAUCUCCAACGUCUCGCACCUGUCCUACUCUUAGGCCACGCCCACCUCCCACAUCUCCAACGUCUCGCACCUGUCCUACUCUUAGGCCACGCCCCCACGCCCACCUGUCCUACUCUUAGGCCACGCCCCCACACCCACCUGUCCUACUCUUAGGCCACACCCACCUGUCCUACUCUUAGGCCACGCCCACCUGUCCUACUCUUAGGCCACGGCCCAUGCCCACCUGUCCUACUCUUAGGCCACGCCCCCACGCCCAAUUGUCCUAUUGUUAGGCCACGCCCCAUGUCUUACUGUUAGGCCACGCCCCCGGUCAUAUUCUUAGGCCACACCCCCACGCUUACCUGUCCUACUCUUAGGCCACGCCCACUUGUUAGAGGUGCACCUGUCAUUCUCCUGAGGGCGGAAUCUUACCUGUCUUCACUCCCCAGCAGGCCACACCCAGGGG